CGAUCGGUUCAACAGCCAUGCUCUAUUAGCAUGUUUCUAUCCUUUCCUUCUUCUUAGAAGAUAAAGCGUCGUGUUAUCCAUCAGUGGGUUUGCACUGCUUCGGCUGCCGGUGACUCUCGUCGAAGAUGGAAGCUCUUGGUCGCAAUUUCACCACCACGCUCACCACAUGUGGAAGUCCUCGGCGACACCAAGCCGCCGGCUUCAGGAGAAGAGUUCGAAUGCUGCCGGUCGCAGAGCCGCUCUUUCCUGCCGGUGGAGGAGGCUAUCCAUCCCGUUUCAAAAGAUUGAGCGGCAGUGUUAGGAUGGAUGCGACUGUUGGUGGAGAAGAGGAGGAGAUGAGGCAGGCCAAGGAGAUGGCCGCGGCUCGGAGGAGAUGGGAAACUCUGAUCAGGGAACAGAAGGUUAAGGUUCUUACUCCUAGAGAAGCUGGUUAUGCGAUUCAGCUUUCCAAUAAAACCCUACUUGAUGUUCGUCCAUCAACCGAGCAUGAGAAGGCAUGGGUUAGAGGUUCCACUUGGAUACCAAUAUUCGAUGUAGAAAAUACGGGUGACAUUGGAACUCUUUCCAAAAAAAUCACAAAUUUUGUCAUGGGUGGUUGGUGGAGUGGCAGCUCUAUGUUGGUGUAUGACAGGGACUUCCUAUCAAAAGUUGAGGAGAAGUUUCCAAAAGAAAGUGACCUUAUUCUAGUGUGUCAAAAGGGACUAAGAUCUCUUGCUGCUUGCGAACAACUUUAUAACGCAGGUUUCAGAAACUUAUUCUGGGUACAAGGAGGUCUGGAAGCUGCUGAUGAAGAGGAUUUUCCACGAGAAGGUCCCCAGCCUUUCAAGCUUGCUGGAAUUGGUGGCGUUUCAGAAUUUCUCGGUUGGACGGAUCAACAGCGUGCCAUAGGUGCUAGGGAAGGUUGGAGUUACCGGUUGGUCUUCACUGGUCGUUUGCUCGGACUCAUUCUUCUAGCAGAUGCCUUGUUUCUUGGUGCUCAAAGACUUGGCCCUUUACUUCAAGAAUGGAGGUCUCAUUGAGAAGUUCCAUCUUUUCACGCGACACUGUCAAAUCAGUUAGCUGAGUUUUGUUAGACUGAGGGGUUGGCAUUUCUUAUAUGCAACAUGUCUUGCUAUUGAUCACCUUAACAAGAUCUGUUUCUUGUGAGCCAUGUCUUGCUAUCUAUCACAUAAACAAUAUCCGGUUCUUGUUCUCACCA